AAGCGAAGGCUUUCAGUGGCAUUCAGUAUGCCCACGAGAGCCCUGAUUGUGACCCUGUAUGUCGUACCAUUUAAGUCUGCUCUCGAUUCCCAAUCCGCGCAUUUAAAUACAUGUUCUUGCCCUGUAUGCAUCGUCGCCGUGCAUUCAAUUAUAGCUGUACGGACAUAUACCAGAUCGGCAUAUGACGUCGAGAGAAGAGCCUGAGGGAGAUGCGUUGCUGAGGCUACAUGGAACCUCUGCGGGGCAAUACGUGCAUGGCAGUCAUGGAUUCGAGAGGCAGCCAUGGCAAAAUUGGCGAGAACAGCUGGGCAGCGAAAUCCAGGAUGAUGAGGACGAUAAGUUCUCUACCAAUGAGGUUGAAGAAGAUCGAAACACCGUCCAGGAUUUCAUGCGCAGCCCAGAGCAGUCGCCCGUCAACAUCCCGGAGGCAGAUGUGGUGGAGGAAUAUUGUGACAUUAAGGAUCUGAAAUUGCUGCGGACAGGCAUAUCUUGCGAUGAGAAAAUCAACACCUGGCUUGAUGAGACGCAAUCGGGCAGUCGAAGGGCGAUGUCUCGAAAGAGUCGGUGGCUCACACCAUAUCAACUGUACCAGGAAUCGUUGAGAAUACCGCCCGUUAAGGCGCCCAAAACCGGAACGGGAAUGGGACAGGCCCCGAGCGAGAAAAUACCAGGCAGGGGAUUUACCACGUCAACCUCGGAAGAUUAUCAGGGGAAGCAGAUCAUCCGGCAGCUGAUAUACAUACAUGAUCCUGAUCAUUGGAACGUCUUUGCACUGAUCCUAACUGCCACAUAUUAUCGGACUGCCGGACUUCGACUCGCUCUCUACAGGCACUUUUCUUCGAGGACCUCCCUUGAUGUGCUUUCCUCGUCAUAUGGCUAUCCUAAUUUUCAGCUUGUGUUCUCAUUGCCGUACUGGGCGUGGAGGUCUUCAACACAACCUGUCCAGGAUCAUCGUCAAAACAAACACAAAGAGCCCUUGAGGGACUACUGGGAUGUUUCGCUUCUCGAACCGGGUCAACACUCGGAGCGAUCAUUCAUCUACGAAGCACAAAUCACCUGUGUCGUCACAGGACUGGUAAACGAAUGCACAUGGUCAGUGUAUUGCUUCGACGAUAACCGCCAUGACGGCAAAAACGCCCAGAACGCACGCCAGCACUCUAGCGAUGUCACGGAUGGAAUACACACCGAUCCCAUCUCCUUUGGAGUGAUUGACGCCAACAACCCAAUCCAGGAACCAUAUGCAUAUUUCAUCAGAAUCCUAGCGAUACGGGCGAAACUGGUCAGGGACGAAUGGCGGAAGAUAACUCGGAAGAUCGCGCUAAGUAUCCGGAGAUAUGAUAGGGAGCACUUUCCAUUAUCUCAAGCACAAGCCUAUUGGGUGUUGCAAGGUGAAGUGGGAAGCCCACAGCAGACGAUGGUUGAUUCGCUCAAGCUAGUCAUGGUCAUCAAGAACACCUCAACCAGAUUGCUCGAUACUCUGACCAAGACAAUUGAUGCGUACGACGGCUUUCAAAUAAUGUCUGUACCUGCAUUCCUGGACGUACCUGAUGCAAAUCAUCAAAACCGGUUGCUGUACGACUUACCUGCAACCUACCGAGACCUGAGGGACCUCAAGAAUGAGCUCGAAGCCUUGAGCAAACGAGCUGAAGAGUUCGCCCGCGAACUCGAGUCUCGGCUUGCGUUCGAGACGAACCAAACGAGCGGCUUGCAGCGUGAGUUGACCGAAACCGGCAACAGACUAGCCCGGGCAAGCAAUGAACUGGCGACAUGCAAUGGAGCGUCGGCAGCAAUUAUGCUGUUAUACUUCUCCCCAAUUGCUUUGGGAGCUGGAGUCUUCUCCAUGGACGAAAAUGUGAUCGGGUUCCUCCCACGGACCUUCGGGUCAUUUCUUGUUCUCGUCCUCGGAUUCGGCAUUUUUGGUUUCGUCAUUUUUUAUUAUUGGCCUUACUUGAGUGGAAUCUUGCAGAGGUGUCUGGCGCCGACGAAAUCGCUGCAUCACGGGAACAUCGCCAGACUUAAGGCGAUCUUUGUGGAGAGAUUCCAUCUUCUCUGUCGUCCAACCGUGCAGUGGCGUCGGAGUCUUGAGGAAAUGUACGCAGAAUUGCUUCGAUUUUCCCGACGUCAUCCGAGAUACGCAUCACGGCAAUCUGCGGGCGACGGCAUUUCACUACCAUCCUGGAGUGGGCACACGGACAGGCAGCCAUCGCAUGACCAACCGCGUGACGCGGAAACACAGUCCUAGCAAUAUACUUCCAAAGCAUCAGGUGCUUUCAGCCAUUGGGAGCCAUGCCUUGAUCAUACAGGACAUGAACAUUGGUAAUAGUUGAGGCCCAUUUGGCGCGUAACCUGCAAUAUCCAGUACGAAUACUCUGCAUCGCGCUUUCAACGUCGCUUCUGCAUGUGUGCCACUCGCCCACUUUGUGUAUUUUCGCUAGUAGCAUCUCAUUAUGGCA